CCUCGUAGCACGUGCAACAUGAGAGCGUUCCUACUUUCAUUGUUCCUCGUAUCCGUUGUGCUGGUAGAUGCGAGCCUUCCUGUGAAAAAGCUCGCCAAGCGUGGCUUCUAUCACCCGCAGCAACACGGCUCUGUAUACGCUGGCGGUUUUACGUCCGUCGUUCACGGACACAUUGGACACGAGCAUGGAAGCGAUCACGGCUUCGAUUACGGACACGGACACGGACAUGGGCACGGACACGAGCACGGGUACGGACAUAGACACGGAGGCGGAAUAGUUUUGGGUGAAUACUCGCACGGCUUAGGCUUGAGCCACGGUAACGGCUACGGGCAUGGCUAUGACCAUGGACAACGGCAUAGUAUGUCACAGAACGUAGUGAACCACGUCGUCAAAGUGCCCGUACCGGUGCCAAAACCAGUACCGGUUUAUCGUAACGUUCCAGUACCAAUUCCGCACUACGUCCCAGUCGAAGUGAAACGUCCGGUGAAAGUUCCUGUUCCGCAUCUAGUUCCAAUCGUCGUCGAGAAGCCUUAUCCUGUCCCGGCUGAUCGUCCAGUUCCAGUCUACGUUUCUCAUCCCAUUAAAAUUUCUGAUCCUAUACCUGUACCUGCAUCGUUCCCUAAACCUCCUAAAGUCAACUCACAUCACGAACAUUCUCAUAUUCAUUCUGCUUCUCCAUUGCCUCAUAAACCCAUUGGUAAUAUUCCUAGUAAUUCUUACAUACCGAUCCAUCAGUCGACCCACGGUAGCGGAUCUUCUUUGGAACAUUCCAAUCUUGACCAUUCGUUCCAACACAGUGAUACUAGUACUUCAUACGGUCCACCAAGUACAUCUUACGGUGCUCCGAGCUCGUCCUACGGUAUUCCGAGCUCAUCCUACGGUGCUCCGAGCUCGUCCUACGGUGCUCCGAGCUCGUCCUACGGUGCUCCGAGCUCGUCCUAUGAUGUUCCAAGUACAUCUUACGGUGCUCCGAGCUCAUCUUACACUUCUCCGAGUGCAUCCUAUGGUGUUCCGAGUUCAUCUUACAAUCCUCCAAGUGCAUCCUACGAUGCUCCAAGCUCAUCCUAUAAUCUUCCGAGUACAUCCUACGGUGUUCAGAAUACAGAAUUUCACGUUGAUAGUCACUCUUCAAGUUCAUUCGAUUCUUCCUCAUCUCAAGAUAGCGAAGGAUAUUCUUAUCCAAUUCCCUCAAAGAAGUUCUUAUAA